AUGCACACCAGCAUCAGCGAGAUACUGAAGGAGAAGACCCUAAAGCCGUCCCGCCGCAGCCUUCCCUGCCUGGCCCAGAGUCAGACGCACCCGCUCAACCUCAACCACUUCCUGUCUGUGCCUCUGAGCCCCGAGCCCAAACCGGAAGCCGAGGGGCUCAGCCAGAGCAUCAGCACCUCCUGCAGCCUCCUCCCCCCGCAGACAGAGGAAGAUGGCAAGAGCCAUAUUGUAGAGUCGUCAGAGGCAAGCACCUAUGAGGCAAGGGCGGACAAGUCAUUUCUGAUACAGAAGCCUGUCACCCGGGCCAAAUUAGAAGCCCGCACGGAUUCGCUUCAGGGGAAGAACCCACCUAUCUCAUCUGGGCUCUUUUUCCGAGAUGGGAAGAAGCGUAUUGACUACAUCCUGGUUUACAAGAAGUCCAGCCCACAGGUGGAGAAGAGGUGUACCUUUGAGAAAAACUUGCGUGCUGAGGGCCUGAUGCUGGAGAAGGAGCCUUCCUUGACCAACAACGACAUUAUGUUUGUGAAGAUUCAUGCUCCAUGGGAUACACUUUGUAAAUAUGCUGAGCAGAUGAACAUCCGGAUGCCAUUCAGGAAAAAAUGUUACUUCACAGACUGGAAGAGCAAAACGAUGGGCAGGUUUCAUCUGAGGUGCCGUCAAAUAAAGAGCUGGCUUCCCAGAAACCCCAUGAAGCUAGACAAAGAGGCCUUGCCUGACCUGGAGGAAACAGACUGCUACACAGCCCCUUUCAGCAGAGCACGCAUGCACCACUUUACAAUCAACAACAGAGAGACUUUCUUCUCCAAUUCCACCAGAAGCAGAAUCGUCCACCAUGUCCUACAACGCACCAAGUAUGAGGACGGCAAGUCAAAGAUGGGUAUCAGUCGUUUGUUGGGCAACGGCACAUAUGAAGCGGCGUUUCCUCCACAUGAGGGUGGGUACAAGAGCAGGCAUCCUAUUAAGACCCACGGUGCCCAGAACCACAGGCACCUUCUGUAUGAGAGGUGGGCCCGCUGGGGCAUCUGGUACAAAUACCAGCCUCUUGACCUCAUCAGGCGAUACUUUGGGGAGAAGAUCGGUCUGUAUUUUGCAUGGUUGGGCUGGUACACCGGCAUGUUGAUCCCCGCUGCCUUGGUGGGCCUUUUUGUUUUCCUCUACGGUCUCUUCACCAUGGACUCCAGCCAAGUCAGUAAAGAGAUUUGUGAGGCCAACACAACCAUCAUGUGUCCCAUGUGUGAGGAGAACUGCAACCCCUGGACACUGAGUGAUAGCUGUGUCUAUGCAAAGGUGACCUAUCUCUUUGACAAUGGGGGUACUGUGUUUUUUGCUAUCUUCAUGGCUAUUUGGGCCACGGUGUUCCUGGAGUUCUGGAAGAGGAGGAGGGCAGAACUGACUUAUGACUGGGAUCUCAUCGAUUGGGAGGAGGAAGAGGAGGAGUUGAGGCCUCAGUUCGAGGCUAAAUACUCCAGAGUGGAGAGAGUGAACCCCAUCUCUGGCAAGCCUGAGCCCUUCCAACCCUUCACGGACAAACUCAGCAGGCUCAUGGUGUCUGUGUCUGGAAUUUUCUUCAUGAUUUCCCUUGUUUUGACAGCAGUGUUCGCUGUGGUUGUCUUCCGGCUUAUCGCGAUGGAGAAGUUCGCCUCAUUCGACUGGGAGUUUGUAAAGAAGAACUGGCAGUUUGCCACCUCUGGCACCGGUGUCUGCAUUAACUUUAUGAUCAUCAUGUCUCUCAAUGUGGUUUAUGAAAAGGUGGCGUAUCUUCUCACCAAUUUAGAGCACCCACGUACAGAGUCUGAGUGGGAGAACAGCUUCGCUCUGAAGAUGUUCCUCUUCCAGUUUGUGAAUCUGAACAGCUCCACAUUCUACAUUGCUUUCUUUCUUGGAAGGUUUGCAGGCAGGCCUGGAAAGUACAAUAAAUUGUUCAACAGAUGGAGACUGGAAGAGUGUCACCCCAGCGGCUGUUUGAUUGACCUUUGUCUGCAAAUGGGAGUCAUCAUGUUCUUCAAACAGAUCUGGAACAAUUUUAUGGAGCUGGGUUAUCCUUUGCUGCAGAACUGGUGGUCUCGUAGGAAAAUGAAAAAAGGAGGUGGAGGAGGGCAAAAUGUGGAGAAUAAAGCCCAGCUUCCACAGUGGGACAAAGACUGGAAUCUGCAGCCCAUGAAUGCUCAUGGGCUAGUGGAUGAAUACCUUGAGAUGGUUCUCCAGUUUGGCUUCACCACCAUCUUUGUGGCGGCGUUCCCCUUGGCUCCUCUCUUGGCGCUGCUCAAUAACAUCAUUGAGAUUCGUCUCGAUGCUUACAAGUUUGUCACUCAGUGGAGGAGACCUAUGCCCGCCCGAGCCACUGACAUAGGUAUUUGGCAUGGGAUUCUGGAGGGUAUCGGCGUCUUGGCAGUAAUCACCAAUGCCUUUGUCAUUGCCAUCACCUCAGACUACAUCCCCCGCUUCGUCUAUGCCUUCAAGUACGGCCCCUGUGUGGACAAGGGAUACCGACAUGAGAAGUGUCUGCGAGGCUACAUGAACAGCAGUCUCUCUGUGUUCGAUAUGAGCGACCUGAUAAACGGCAGUCUUUUGCAGUCCAAGUACUGCAGGUACAGGGACUACAGAGCACCACCCUGGAGCCCAGUGCCCUACGAAUUCACACUUCAGUUCUGGCACGUCUUGGCUGCCAGGCUGGCCUUCAUCAUUGUUUUCGAGCACCUGGUGUUUGGGAUCAAGUCCUUCAUUGCAUACCUGAUUCCAGACAUGCCCAAGGACCUAUGUGACCGUAUGAGGCGAGAGAAGUACUUGAUGCAGGAGAUGAUGUACGAAGCGGAGCUGGAGCACCUGCAGAGGGAGAGGAAGAAGAAUGGCAGACGUUAUCACCACGAAUGGCCUUAG